GCCUUCUUCCUCUGCCUCCACCCUCACUCCUUCCCGUCGGUGCGGAGCUAGGUUCCGAGCAGCGCUCAGCCCGCCGCAGCUUGGAUGUGGGCUCGGGACAAGUGCUCCGCUCCGCCGCUCGAGAUGGACAGCCGCUACACCAGCGCCACGGGCAUCGGGGACUUGAACCAGCUGAGUGCGGCCAUCCCUGCCACACGCGUGGAGGUGUCUGUGUCCUGCAGAAAUCUUCUUGAUAGAGAUACGUUUUCUAAGUCUGAUCCAAUUUGUGUCUUAUAUACACAAGCAGUUGGGAAUAAAGAAUGGAGAGAGUUUGGAAGAACUGAAGUGAUUGAUAAUACUUUGAAUCCUGAUUUUGUAAGAAAGUUUAUUCUGGAUUAUUUCUUUGAAGAAAGAGAGAAUCUUCGUUUUGACUUAUAUGAUGUUGAUUCAAAGAGUCCCAACUUGUCCAAACAUGACUUUCUGGGACAAGUGUUUUGUACAUUGGGGGAGAUUGUUGGUUCACAGGGAAGUCGUCUGGAAAAGCCGAUAGUAGGGAUUCCAGGCAGGAAAUGUGGAACGAUCAUACUAACGGCAGAGGAGCUGAACUGCUGCAGGGAUGCUGUCUUGAUGCAGUUCUGUGCAAACAAAUUGGAUAAGAAGGAUUUCUUUGGGAAGUCAGAUCCUUUCCUUGUAUUUUAUCGAAGCAAUGAGGACGGAAGCUUUACAAUUUGUCAUAAGACAGAAGUGGUCAAGAACACUCUAAAUCCUGUGUGGCAAGCCUUCAAGAUCUCAGUGAGAGCUCUGUGCAAUGGGGAUUAUGACAGAACAAUCAAAGUAGAAGUGUAUGACUGGGACCGAGAUGGAAGUCAUGAUUUCAUUGGGGAAUUUACAACAAGCUAUCGGGAACUCGCAAGAGGACAGUCACAAUUCAACGUCUAUGAGGUGGUGAAUCCCAAAAAGAAAGGAAAAAAGAAAAAAUACACUAAUUCAGGAACAGUAACCUUACUGUCCUUCUUGGUGGAAACAGAAGUCUCCUUCCUUGACUACAUUAAAGGAGGAACGCAGAUCAACUUCACGGUGGCCAUUGAUUUUACAGCAUCAAAUGGAAACCCUGCCCAGCCUACUUCUCUCCACUAUAUGAACCCUUACCAACUGAAUGCCUAUGGAAUGGCACUGAAGGCUGUAGGAGAAAUCGUUCAAGAUUAUGACAGCGAUAAGAUGUUCCCAGCCCUUGGUUUUGGUGCAAAGCUGCCUCCAGAUGGAAGGAUAUCUCACGAGUUUGCCUUGAAUGGUAACCCUCAGAAUCCUUAUUGCGAUGGCAUCGAAGGUGUCAUGGAAGCUUAUUACAGAAGUCUGAAGUCUGUGCAGUUGUAUGGGCCAACCAACUUUGCUCCUGUAAUAAACCACGUAGCAAGAUACGCAUCCUCUGUAAAAGAUGGCUCCCAGUUUGUGCUCCUCAUUGUGACAGACGGUGUCAUCUCAGAUAUGGCUCAAACUAAAGAAUCCAUAGUUAAUGCCUCAAAGCUUCCCAUGUCAAUAAUUAUAGUUGGUGUUGGACCUGCAGAAUUUGAUGCAAUGGUUGAAUUGGACGGAGAUGAUGUGAGAGUUUCUUCCAGAGGGAAAUAUGCUGAAAGAGACAUUGUACAGUUUGUGCCAUUCAGGGAUUAUAUUGACAGAAGUGGAAACCACAUACUCAGCAUGGCUAGACUGGCCAAAGAUGUCUUAGCUGAGAUCCCUGAGCAGUUCCUCUCCUACAUGAGAGCCAGAGGAAUCAAGCCAUCGCCGGCACCCCCGCCAUACACCCCUCCCACACACGUGCUGCAGACGCAAAUAUGACCACAUCCAGAUGCUGACGCCCCUCACACGCCAGUCGGAACUGCUUGGCUCCUGGUGCUUUGCUCUGAACCAGGGAAUGAGACUCUUUCUCAGUUUGGUUUCAGCAGAACUGGAUAAUGUGCUUUCUUGGAUCCAAAAUUAAUUCUCUUCCUAAACCAAAACUGUAAAUAGGGUUGUUGCAUGAGCAACCGGGAAAUUGUCUAAAAUGCUUGAAGCAAAGUAGAGAUGUCUUCUCUAAUUUUCAACUAUUUUUGUUUUGUUCUCGACAGAAUAGUAAGUUUCCAAUGUAUUAUUGGGAAAAAGCACAAGCUACAUUUUUAACACAGAUGUUGUCCUUGACUGUUGCAUAUAUAAGCCAGCAGUCUCUGUGCUGAUGUUUACACGUUACUACUUUUUAAAUUUCAAUACUUUUAUAACUGUUCUUAAGAAUGAGUUUUGAAUAUUGAAUCCUUUGUCUUCUAACUUGCAAUAGCUAUAAUCACAGGAGCAAUAUCUCUUUGAAUGACUGUCUGGACAUUCAUGGAAUGAAUAAGGGAAGAGAAGGAGGUAGAAUCUACUUAGUGAUUAAUAUCUGUCAUCAGUUUUGGCCAAUAGUGGGAGUUUCAACUUAUAAACAGAUGUGGCCCUGUAAUAUGCAUUUUUUUUUCAUGGACUUUGGGUUUAAAUUUAGACUGCAGUCAGUUUACCUUUCGUAAUGCCAACUAGAUGCAUUGAAAAGGCAAACAUUGUCAACUGUUAAUGCACAGAAUAUACUUUGUAUAAAAAACCCACCAUCCUUAUAAAGCUAUUAUUUAAUGAGUAAAACCAAGACUAUAUAAUUCCAAACCAUGUAGCAGGUGUUUUGAACUUUGUAUUAAGCUAUAUCCUGUCUAGAUAUUUUGAUUCAAAGGGAUACUGGCUCUCUUGCUUGGGAUUUACGUUCUCACCUUUCCACCUUGCCUCACGGGUUGCACAGGCUGAGGUCUCUCGUGAAUUCUCAGUUCAACAUACACAACCCUGUGACUUAGCACACAACACAUUUGUGAAAUAAACUCAUUCCUGUGCCCCAACCUGCCUGUUUGUGAAACAACCCAUCCCUCUAUCCUGACCUGCCUGCUCACAAUCGAUUCUAAAUAGUUUUCAAUGUACAGUUUUUAUACGAAUUACAGUUUUGUGAAGUUAUGUCUACAUUUCUUUAGAACAAAUGGCCUUAAAUUCUCACAGAAUUCCUGGAAAUGAUUGUGAAUUGCCUUCAAGAUACAGAAAUGUGUAUUUAUUUGUUGUUCUUUUUGUGUCAACAGUGUGACUGCUUUCUAACCUCUCUGCCCCCCACCCCCCAACUUGGAUAAUUCUUAUUGUGUGUACUCUUGCCACAACUUGACCUAUGGUGACUUUUAUAAGCAUGAAACUGUUUUACCGGAAAAAUGCAUAAUCCUCAUAGCUAACAGAAUCACGGUUACACAACUGUGAUAUGACUUGUCCAUUUUUAAGUAUCUAUUAUUAAAAUCUUUAAAAGGA